GGCUGGAGUACAGUGGUGUGAUCACAGCUCAUUGCAGUCUCGAACUCCUGGGUCCAAGCGAUCCUCCCAACUCAGCCUCAGGACUUACAGACGAGUACCACCUCACCAGGCUUGAUUUUUGUGUUUUUAAACAGACUUAACAUCUUUCAGUACUUCCCAUCCCCACCCCUCCCGUCCCCGACUCCGCCACCCCAACCCCGCCCCACUUUGUACUACCCAAGCACAUCUUGGGAACAUGAUGCGGAAAGUCACGGACGCCAGAGGUGAAGGACUGAUGACGCGCUACGGUGUUCCUAGGUGCGCGUGCCCACUCUCUGGAGUAGUCCCUGGGGUCACGAGGAUUUGAAGAGAGGCCCUCCCUUCCCACUGCCCCCAUUCCCCCGAAUGCCAAGCCCCUGUGGGCGGGCGCCCUGGGCAGGUCUGGUUGGUUGCUAAAGCCUGCUGGGCCCAGACAUGAACCCUGCCCUCCCUGGGCAGCGGCGCGGGAGCAAAGUUGUUAUGAGGCUGCCCUCCCCGGAGCCUGCUCUCCCAGCCCUGGAGGAGCCGGCGCGAGACGCGCGGGGGCGGGGCCGCGCGGAGGGGCGGGGCUCACCAAGGCUCCACCCCGCCGCGGCCGCUGUUCGCACACACCUGGUGCUGAUCAGCACCGAGGCCGAGUAACCGCCAUCCAGCGCGCCGCAGGCCGGGGCGGAGAGGCGCAGGGCGCCGGGCAGUCUCCGGCGAGGGCAAGGAACGGUGCCCGGCUGGGCCGGCUAUGUCUCCCGCUACUGCGGUUCCCGCCGGCGCCCGCGCGCCCGCGACCUCGGGGGAGCAGCCGGGUUCCGGGGGCGCAGCGCUGUGAGGCGGGGGCCUAGAGCCAGCCGCGGCCGCGCAGUAGGGGCCCAGGGCCCGCGCUCGCCCGCGCCCGCGUCCCCGCCUUCCUCCCGCGCCCCCGCCUUCCUCCCGCGCUCGACCCCGCCUCGGCUCGCUGCCCUUGGCUCCCGCCGCCAUGGCCUCCGUAGCCCGGGAGAGCGCGGGCUCGCGGCGCCGGCGACCGCCGCGUCACGGGGCGCUGCGCGGGCUGCUGCUGCUCUGCCUGUGGCUGCCGAGCGGCCGUGCGGCCUUGCCGCCCGCGGCGCCGCUGUCCGAACUGCACGCGCAGCUGUCGGGCGUGGAGCAGCUGCUGGAGGAGUUCCGCCGGCAGCUGCAGCAGGAGCGGCCUCAGGAGGAGCUGGAGCUGGAGCUGCGCGCGGGCGGCGGCCGCCAGGAGGACUGCCCGGGCCCGGGCGGUGGCGGCUACAGCGCAAUGCCUGACGCCAUCAUCCGCACCAAGGACUCCCUGGCGGCGGGUGCCAGCUUCCUGCGGGCUCCGGCGGCCGUGCGGGGCUGGCGGCAAUGCGUGGCGGCCUGCUGCUCCGAGCCGCGCUGCUCGGUGGCCGUAGUGGAGCUGCCCCGGCGCCCCGCGCCCCCGGCAGCCGUCCUCGGCUGCUACCUCUUCAACUGCACGGCGCGCGGCCGCAACGUCUGCAAGUUCGCGCUGCACGGCGGCUACAGCAGCUACAGCCUCAGCCGCGCGCCGGACGGCGCCGCCCUGGCCACCGCGCGCGCCUCGCCCCGGCAGGAAAAGGAUGCGCCUCCACUUAGCAAGGCUGGGCAGGAUGUGGUUCUGCAUCUGCCCACAGACGGGGUGGUUCUAGACGGCCGCGAGAGCACAGAUGACCACGCCAUCGUCCAGUAUGAGUGGGCGCUGCUGCAGGGGGACCCGUCAGUGGACAUGAAGGUGCCUCAAUCAGGAACCCUGAAGCUGUCCCACCUACAGGAGGGAACCUAUACCUUCCAGCUGACCGUGACGGACACUGCCGGGCAGAGAAGCUCUGACAACGUGUCAGUGACGGUGCUUCGCGCAGCCUACUCCACGGGAGGAUGUUUGCACACUUGUUCGCGCUACCACUUCUUCUGUGACGAUGGCUGCUGCAUUGACAUCACGCUCACCUGCGAUGGAGUGCAGCAGUGUCCUGACGGGUCUGAUGAAGACUUCUGCCAGAAUCUGGGCCUGGACCGCAAGAUGGUAACCCACACAGCAGCUAGUCCUGCCCUGCCAAGAACCACAGGGCCGAGUGAAGAUGCAGGGGGUGACUCCUUGGUGGAAAAGUCUCAGAAAGCCACUGCCCCAAACAAGCCACCUGCAUUAUCAAACACAGAGAAGAGGAAUCAUUCCACCUUUUGGGGACCAGAGAGUCAAAUCAUUCCUGUGAUGCCAGAUAGUAGUUCCUCAGGGAAGAACAGAAAAGAGGAAAGUUAUAUAUUUGAGUCAAAGGGCGGUGGAGGAGGAGGGGAACACCCAGCCCCAGAAACAGGUGCGGUGCUACCCCUGGCGCUGGGUUUGGCUAUCACUGCUCUGCUGCUUCUCAUGGUUGCAUGCCGACUACGACUGGUAAAACAGAAACUGAAAAAAGCUCGUCCCAUUACAUCUGAGGAAUCGGACUACCUCAUAAAUGGGAUGUAUCUAUAGUAAUGUAAUUUCAAUAGCUUGGGGCAGGGACAUGUUUUGUUUAUAAUUUAUACAUCUAUUAAGUUCUGGAUAUUUACAGCUUCUUUUGUUUUUAAUUGGGCCAGAAGAUUCUGCAAAUCCCAAAUCUUUCUUUAUUAUUUAUUGUAAAAAAAUGUUCCUUAGAAAGUCGUAAAAUAUUUUGAAAUUUAGAGAGGAAUUCAUGAUUAAAGAUUUCUAAAAAUAUAAUUCUGAUUUAUGUAAGCUGUCCCUGAAAAUAGAAAUGUGUACUUAGCUGAGAGAAAAUUCAGCAUCUCAGGAGGUGGUAUUAGGAUGACUGUGUUAACCCAUUACCUUUUAGAAGCCAACUGUUGGCCCCUUACCAUGCUGGACUGCUAUAGGCCCAGCUUCCCCUUGUUCUGUGGCCCUUUUCUUCCUCCUUGAAGCUCCCAAUGUUCUUUUUCUUUUCCCCUCUAAACCUGUUUCUGAGAGUGGAUCUCAAGCGAGUUCAUGCCUUCAAUCAGAUGUUACUUAUGGUGGGUAUACCUAAAUUAUAAACCUAUGUACAAGUCAGUGAGCCUUAAGGAAGGUGAGUGUGGGUCCUUCCUAAUCCCUCUGACAUCAUGUCAUAUAGGUGGCUGCCUCCUUAGACUGACCUUUGGAAGAAAAAAAAAACCCAGACUUUGAAUUAGUAACAGCUCUAAGAUGGUCAUGCAGUGAGAUAGGAAAUCAAGAUGGAAGCAGAGAAUCUGGCAUGCCAAAAACUAACAGAAACUUAGUUGAGGGCAAAGAGAGCAAGGAGAACGUUUAAUACUUCGUUACAUCAAGUCAACACUGCUCCAUGGUGAGAGCACAGCAACUCAUUUAUAUAUAUAUAGCCUUUGUUGAUGAAAGAGAAAAAUGACAAUUGAAGAGAGGACGUUGAGUGGAUUGCUGGGUACAGCUUUUGUAAAAAUGUCACUGUGGCUUUCAUCCAAUGGAAUGAGUCGAUUUUUUUUAAUGCUAUAAAAUGUUAGAAUGUGCCAUCAGCUAAUGCCAGGCUUACAUAUUUCUAGAGCAUAAAGCAGUUUUUCACAAAUUCAUCUUUAUAGAAAACCAGCAUCUAGCUUAGCAUCUUUCCCCUUUUAAUUUGUAGGCUUUUAAAGGCAAAUCAUUCCCACCAUCACUUAACGCUGGGAUUAUACACAUUCUAGAAAUUAUUCUGAGAGGAAUGUAUAGUAUGGUGCCUAUCUACACUCACAUGAUAUUCUUAUUUACAUAUUUUUUUUACCAUAAGUGGCAAAUAUUUUAAAAUAUUUGAAAAACACUCCAGAAUCUAGUACACUUUAUUUUUAGACUGAACCUAAAGUAGGUUGUUCUUUUAACAAGGGGUUUAAUUUGGGUGGGGAAUAUAACAUAUCAAAAUACAUGAAUAAAUGGAAAGUUACUUCUAGAAAAGCAAAGAAAUUGGGUAUCAUUUUUGUUUCUUGGGAAGCUAAUUUUGUUGAAUGUUUAGAAUUGGGCAAAGAUGUAAAUUUUUGAAGGGCAGUGUAGAAAAAUUAAUUUUGUGAAUGAACUUAAGAUGUCUGUACUCUAUAUGUGAUGCUGUGCAGUUUGUUUUUAUAUGGAAAGAUGUCACCUAUAGCCAUAACCAAUAAAAUAAAAACUGAUGAGGCAUGCAGCUUUCAGCACAUCUUUUAUACAUGAAGAAAUUAAUUUUGUGUUGCUAUUGUGUUGAAAUAUCCAAGAUGUUCUGUAUCUAUGUAAACAUGAUUCCUUUAAUAAAUUGUAUUUUAUUAUUAA